CCCAAUCCCGAUAUUAGCCGCAAUAUCCGUUACAAGCACCCAAUCCGGGUAGAUAGGCAAUAGUAUAUAAUGCAGAUCCUGGGAGUUUAUACAACCUACCAGCUCCUCCACCAGUUCACAAGAAAAAAUGGUUGAAAAAGGGGAGGCAAAUUAUCCCGAGGCCCUGUUCGCGAGGCUGGAAGACUCAUUGGAGAAGGCCAUCGAAGAUGGCGUAUUUCCCGGUGUGGUAGUGGCAGCGACAAAUAAGACUGGAUCUCUGCGAUAUGUUAAGGCUUUUGGGAGAUCUGCCUGCAAUGACACGGGCGUACCGUUGUCGCCCCAAUCCGUUAUGGUCUUUGCGUCUAUGACCAAGCUUAUGACUUGCAUCGCGGCGUUGCAACUAGUUGAACGGGAAACUAUAAGUCUAGAUGAUGACGUUGGACCUCUACUUCCCGAUCUAGCGCAGUCAAAGAUACUUACAGGAUGGGACAAGGAAGGCAUGCCGCUCCUGAGAGAACGCCAAAAUCCGAUUACUCUUCGACACCUCCUGACGCACACUGCCGGGACAGGCUACGAUAUGAUGAACUCGGAUCUAGCUAGGUUUUCAGCGUGUCGAGGUCGGCACAUUAACUCUGGCGAGACGGUCAAGGAUAGAUUUGGAUACCCUUUGACUUACGAGCCAGGGACGAGUUUCGAGUAUGGUUGCGGUAUCGAUUGGGUUGGUCAGCUAGUGGAAAAGCUGUCUGGUCAGGAUCUAGAAAAUUAUAUGCAGGAUAAUAUCUGGGGUCCGCUUGGAAUACAGGGAAUUACCUUCUGGCCAGCAGCUAAGCCAGAUAUCCGCAAUAACCAAAUCCGCAUGGCAAUCAGGGAACCCGACUCAGAACGUGUGACCGACUUCACAGGACGAUUCUUAACUGAAGGGGUAACAGAAUGCUUUGGUGGCCAAGGUGCUUAUGGGGACAUGGAGAGUUACUUAGAAAUUCUCUUCUCACUACUAGUUGAUGACGAGAAGCUGUUGAGUCGGCAGACCACAGAAAAAUUGUUCAGCCCGCAGCUGAGCCACUCAAGCAAGCAUUCGCUGAAUGAAUACAUCAGAAACCACCCCCCGAAUGCGUUCAUUGGCAUAUUCGAUACCGAAUCCGAAUAUGACUGGGGGCUCGGCGGCAUACUGACCACGCAAGAUACGCCGUCGGGGCGACAGAAGGGAACACUAAUCUGGAGCGGAAAGCCAAAUUUAUUCUGGUUUAUUGACCGUGUUUCUGGACUUUGCGGUGUGUUCGGGGUACAGGUUCUCCCUCCCGGAGAUGAGAAGAUAGGCAAGAUGAUACAGAUAUUUGAGAACACGUUGUAUAGCGCCCGAGAAACACGGAGGAUUGUUUGAGGAGAGUCAUUAAAGAGUGGAUUAUGUCUAUAUCUAAACAAGAUUGUAGUGGAUUUGUCACCAUUGGUAAUGAUGGGUUCAGAAUUACUAAUGCUCUUUGCUUACUGUAAUACGUCAGCGCAAUUAACAUGAUAUGUCUUGAUAAGGGUGUUUCUGAGGCCAAGCAUUAUUAGUGGACAGUUGCAACCGUAG